AUGCAAAGUAACGAUUUUAUCGAGAACGAUGCAUUCAAGGUUAUUUUAAAUGAUAGAGAAGACUGGAAGUGGCCGUGCUUUGAUGAAUAUCGCUCUCGUAACGGAUUAGAACGCAGAGUAAGGAUCGAAAGCAUUAAUAUCGAUCCCUUUGUAGUCGUUUAUCCACGUGAUGGUUACCCAUAUGUUGAACUGAGCUCCCAAAAAUUGAUAAAAAUUUUGAGAGAUAUUCUUCCUAGUAAUAAGAUCCUUGUUAAUAAUGAUAACCAAAACGAAAGCGUGACUGAUUUAGAGAGUAAUAUCCACCUGAAACGCUUAAUAAGAUUUCUUGAACAUGAAUAUAAAAAAACAAUAAAAAAUCGUGAAAAAAUGAUUACUAAUAAAAUUGUUUCAUAUGAUAUGUUAUGGGUAUUUUAUACUGAAAAUUUGGACGUAUGGUAUCGGUGUAAUAUAUCUGGUCAGCAGGUUGGAGGUGUCAUUGUCUCAGCACAAGACAACGGAAUAAGUUUCUUGAUAAAAAUUAAAGUAAUCGAAUAUGACGGCGUUGGAUAUAAAUUUUGCCAUAUAAAUCGUGAAAUUGAUUACUUCAAGGGUGAAGUUAGUUUCUCGGAUUUGCCUGUUGUCCCAUCUGAACUUUCUACGGCUCAAGACUUCCUCAAGGAGAAUAUAAUUGCAAAUGGAAAACAAUUCUUUAGGCUUGCUUCAGGACACCACUUAAUGAAUUAUGAGGGUCCGCUAUUACGUGAGCGAUAUAUGCGGAUAGAAAAGGUUAAAUCUGAUGGUCGUGUCAUGAUAGAUCUCCAAAGUUUUGCGACCAUGAAUCCUGAGUAUCAAAUGGGCUUUGCAAAACCACCAAACAAGUGUGAUGUUAAAAUGCUCAAAGAGAAAAAUACUUAUAUCCAAACGAAUGAUCUUCAUAAGGAUUCUAAUUAUUUUCUCGCACCCGCUGUUGUAUAUGGCUUUGGUUUUUCGGUAAAAGAAUGGGGACUUUUCGAGGUCUCUAAAUUUUCGGAUGUUAUUUUUGAUACUGAUGCCCUCGAUCAAGUUGUAAUGCCCCAAAAUAAAAAAAAUAUGCUUGAAGGAUUAGUGAGUCAGUAUGGUAAUCCAAUCAGAAAGACUAAUGGUGAUGCUACAAAUCCGUUUGAGAAAUCAUUAGACCCUAUUACGAAUAAAGGUAAUGGCUGUAUUUUCCUAUGCUAUGGACCUCCUGGUACCGGAAAAACAUUGACGGCUCAGAGCGUGGCUGAACAUCUAAGAAUGCCAUUAUGGGUGCUUACUGUACGCGAACUCGGGUCAACUCCUGAAACAUUAGAAGCAGAAUUAGUUAAAGUUCUAGAUAUAGCUUAUACAUGGAAUGCUGUCCUUUUACUUGAUGAAGCUGAUAUUUACCUUGAAAGACGUAGUACAAUUGAUUUAACUCGUAAUACAAUGGUUGGAAUAUUUUUGCGCUUGCUGGAAUACUAUCAAGUAAACAUGUUCUUCCAUUAUCCAAAACUUGGACCGACUGAGAGACUUCAAAUAUGGACAAACUUCAUUGAACGUGCCAGUUUGCCUCUCAAAGCUAGUGACUUUGUUAAUUAUGAAUUGAAUGGUCGUGAGAUUCGCAAUGUUCUUCAUGCCGCUCGAUUGUUGGCUAAGAAUAAGGGCGAAAAUUUGAGUGCUGACAUUGUAUUUGAUGUUAUUAAAAUUAUUCAAGAAUUUCGCCAAGUAACGGAUGGAAUGGACUGUGACUAA